UUUCCGCGCUAUCUGCAGAGGGGUCCAUACGGCAUUGUUCUGGAUUCCUGUCGUAACUUAAAGGGAAACUUUCACAAUGUCCGGAGCCCUUGAUGUCCUGCAAAUGAAGGAGGAGGAUGUCCUUAAGUUCCUUGCAGCAGGAACCCACUUAGGUGGCGCCAAUCUUGACUUCCAGAUGGAACAGUACAUCUAUAAAAGGAAAAGUGAUAGCAUCUAUAUCAUAAAUCUGAAGAGGACCUGGGAGAAGCUUCUGCUGGCAGCUCGUGCUAUUGUUGCCAUUGAAAACCCUGCUGAUGUCAGUGUUAUAUCCUCCAGGAAUACUGGCCAGAGGGCUGUGCUGAAGUUUGCUGCUGCCACUGGAGCCACUCCAAUUGCUGGCCGCUUCACUCCUGGAACCUUCACUAACCAGAUCCAGGCAGCCUUCCGGGAGCCACGGUUUCUUGUGGUUACUGACCCCAGGGCUGACCACCAGCCUCUCACGGAGGCAUCUUAUGUUAACCUACCUACCAUUGCGCUGUGUAACACAGAUUCUCCUCUGCGCUAUGUGGACAUUGCCAACCCAUGCAACAACAAGGGAGCUCACUCAGUGGGUUUGAUGUGGUGGAUGCUGGCUCAGAAAGUUCUGCGCAUGCGUGGCACCAUUUCCCGUGAACACCCAUGGGAGGUCAUGCCUGAUCUGUACUUGUACAGAGAUCCUGAAGAGAUUGAAAAAGAAGAGCAGGCUGCUGCUGAAAAGGCAGUGACCAAGGAGGAAUUUCAGGGUGAAUGGACUGCUCCAGCUCCUGAGUUCACUGCUACUCAGCCUGAGGUUGCAGACUGGUCUGAAGGUGUACAGGUGCCCUCUGUGCCUAUUCAGCAGUUCCCUACUGAAAACUGGAGCGCUCAGCCUGCCACGGAAAAUUGGUCUGCAGCUCCCACUGCUCAGGCCACUGAAGGGGUAGGAGCAACCACUGACUGGUCUUAAGCUGUUCUUGCACAGGCUGUUAAGCAACAUGGAAAAAUGGUUGUUGGAAAAUAAACAUCAGUUUCUAAAAAAAAAAAAA